GCUCGUGUACCUCCGUCGACUCCGGCGUACUACGCCGCAACGACCGUGUCUCCGCCGCCGCCGCCGACCGUACCACUGUGUGCGUGUCCGUCGAUCCGUUCGCGUUACCGCGUCCGACCGUGUUUGUUUGAGUGUGUGUUGGUGUGUGUGUGUGCGCGCGCGCGCGCGCCGUAGAUCGAUAAAACGCACGACGGUCUGCCCUGCUGCACUAUUCUGUUGCUACAAACGCCGGCUGCUUAUCACACUGUCCGCCAGCGACGUUAUCACUCCGCCGGUCCAAUACGCCAAGACGUGUCGAUAUAUCACCCACGUCCCACGUUUAACAGGUUGACAUAAAUUGAGUAUGGCGGUCACAAAAAUAUGCUGUAUUGGUGCUGGAUAUGUUGGUGGACCUACAUGCAGUGUAAUAGCAAUGCAGUGUCCACAUAUAAAAGUCACGGUUGUUGAUAUAAGUGCUCAACGUAUAUCCCAAUGGAACUCAGAAAAAUUACCCAUCUACGAACCCGGACUGGAUGAUAUUGUAAAGAAACGAAGAAAUGUAAACUUGUUUUUUUCUACAAACAUCGAAGAAUCUAUCCAAGAGGCAGAUUUAAUUUUUAUUUCUGUAAAUACUCCUACAAAGACAUUUGGAGUAGGCAAAGGACGUGCUGCUGACUUAACAUACGUUGAAAACUGUGCUAGGACUAUUGCCCAAGUUUCAACUAGUGAUAAAAUAGUAGUGGAAAAAAGUACAGUACCGGUACGUGCAGCGGAAAGCAUAUUAAAGAUUUUAAGUGCUAAUCAUAAGCCGAAUGUAAAAUUUCAAGUAUUAUCUAACCCCGAGUUCUUAUCUGAAGGCGUGGCUGUUGAAAACCUGUUAAAUGCCGAUAGAGUUCUUAUAGGGCACGAAGAGACCGCCGAUGGCUUAUGGGCUUUUAAGGAGCUCAGUAAAGUCUAUUUGAAUUGGAUACCCGAAGCAAAGAUCCUUAGGACAAACACUUGGUCUUCGGAACUAACCAAACUAGCGGCUAAUGCAUUUCUUGCUCAACGGAUUUCUAGUAUUAACUCGAUGUCUGUAAUAUGUGAAGCGACUGGGGCAGAUGUCAGUGAGGUGGCUAAAGGUAUAGGUCUUGAUUCCAGAAUUGGGCCCAAAUUUUUACAAGCGUCAGUUGGUUUCGGAGGCAGUUGUUUUCAAAAAGAUUUACUUAAUUUAGUUUAUAUAUGUGAAUGCUUAAAUCUUCCACAAGUAGCUGUUUAUUGGCAACAAGUACUAGAUAUGAAUGUUUAUCAAAAAUCUCGAUUUUCUAAUAAAAUUAUCGAAUCACUGUUUAAUACGGUCACCGGUAAAAAAAUAACAAUGUUUGGAUUUGCGUUUAAAAAAGACACAGGUGAUACUCGUGAGUCACCUGCAAUACACGUUGCUAAGACGUUACUUGACGAAGGAGCAAAACUUAAUAUAUAUGACCCGAAGGUGGAACCUGAACAAAUCAAAAAAGACCUCACGCACCCAUACGUUACUGAUAAUCCAGAAAACGUAAUUAGGUCUAUCGAAAUUCACGAUAAUCCAUACAAAGCUUCACACUCGACACACGCUAUUGUAAUAUGCACUGAAUGGGACGAAUUUGUGAACUUGGAUUAUGAAGAAAUUUAUAAACAUAUGAUAAAACCAGCAUUUAUUUUUGAUGGCCGCAAGAUUCUGAACCAUGAAACUUUGGCCACAAUCGGUUUUCAAGUUCAUACAAUUGGAAAACGUUGAAUUUUAAAAUUUAUUGUGUAAUUUGUCUUCCAUUCAACCAUAUCAAUUAGGUAUACUUGCCACUACCAGAAAAAAUCAAUAAAUAAUAAAUAUAUUUAUAUUUAUAUUUUUCUUAUAUUUAUAUCUUAUAACAUAUAUAAUCACGAACAAACUUUUAAUACAUUUAUACAUGGCCUUAUAUUUAUUAACAUAAGAAUUUAAUUGAUAAAGGUAGUUAAGAUAUAUUGUACCAAUGUAAAAUUUACAUAUUUAUAUAUUUGUACCUAUUUUUUUGAAUUUUUAUAAUUAUUAAUAGAUGAAUACUUUUAUUUAUUACCAUUUAAAGAAAAAAAUAAUUCCAUGCAUGAAAAACUUAAAUAUAUAUACAAAAACAAAAAGUUUUAUAGGUAGUUUAUUAAGUUAUUUAUCAUGAAUGUUUUUUACGGUACUUAUAUAGUUAUAUAAUUAGACAUUUUAAUAAACAAUUAUACCUACAAUAUAUGUAUUUAAUUUAUAUUUAUGUUAUUAUAGUUAUAAUGUAUGCCACUAAAUGUAUGUAAUUUUGAGGUAUUAUUUUUUUUAUCAAAACUUUUUUGUUGUUUAUUAUAAUUUAUUUUAAAUGUUGAAAGAAAAUUAUUGAUUAAUGGCACUUUUGUUUUAGUUUAUGAAAAAUUUUUUAUUUUUUAUUGUACUCAAAAAUUAAUUUAUAAAAAGUAUUAUCUGUUCUAAUUUGAUUCUAACUAAAUGUAAUAAAUUUAUAUUUUAUAUCUAAA